AUGGGGAAAGAUCCAAGGAAGCCGAGGGGCAAGAUGUCCUCCUAUGCCUACUUUGUCCAGACCUGUCGGGAGGAGCACAAGAAGAAACACCCAGAAGCUUCCGUCAACUUCUCAGAGUUCUCCAAGAAGUGCUCUGAGAGAUGGAAGGUAAGUAUGGAACACAUCUCAGCUGUGACUGACUGGCACCCUAUUCCCUAUAUAGUACACUGCUUUUGACCAGCGCCCCUAUGGGCCCUGGUUGAAAGUAGUGCACUAAAUAAGGACUGGGUGCCAUUUGGGAGCCAACCCCCUUUAGUUGACACUGUCCUGUACCAAUAUCAAUCCCUUGAUAGCUGUCUGUGGUACAAGAUAGUUUCAAAUGAAUGGUGUCACAGCUAAGUUGUUCCAUACUUAUCUGCCACCCCUUGUGUAUCAUUCUCUUGUAAACGUUGUCUCCCUCUACCACUGUGUGUCUGACCAGUGUUUUCUACAUGUACUUAAACACCUUCUUCAUGUUGUUGUUUUUCUUCUCGUCUCAGACCAUGUCCGCCAAGGAGAAGGGGAAGUUUGAGGAUCUGGCCAAGCUGGACAAGGUGCGCUAUGAGAGGGAGAUGAGGAGCUACAUUCCUCCCAAGGGAGAGAAGAAGAAGAAGUUCAAGGACCCCAACGCCCCCAAGAGACCAUCGUGAGUACUGCCUGACAGAAAAAGACAGUCAUCCCCCAUGGAAUGUAGAGAAGAUGUCUACCAAGUCACAUUAUGAACCAUCUAUAUGCCUAAAACAAUGACAUAUGAUUUGAAUUACAUUGUUCACGACAUGCUACGAACAAUCACCACUAACACUACAAUAAAAUCAUUAUCCCAUGUUGGCAACAACAACAACACCCAUGAAGACAUCUAACCUCAUCACAUCCGUACCAGUUGCCCACACAUUCAUGAACCAAACAACGCCAAAGAUUCUCGUCCCACCACCAUCUCAUGCGCUACCACCACCUCCCUGCCACCAGUCGCACCCGCCAACCAGUCGCCUCCGUCACACCAGCGCCCCUCCACCAUCUCCCCCCACCACGCCUCCUCACCAUCUGCUCCCGACCACCAUCUCCCCUCCACCAUCCUCCACACCAUCCGCCCUCCACUCUCUCCCACCACCAUCUCUGCUCCUGCCACCAUCCGCCGCUCCACCAUCUCUCCUUCCACCAUCUCUCUCCUACCACCAUCUCUCUCCUUCCACCAUCUCUCUCCUUCCACCAUCUCUCCCCUUCCACCAUCUCUCUCCUACCACCAUCUCUCUCCUUCCACCAUCUCUCCCCUUCCACCAUCUCUCUCCUUCCACCAUCUCUCUCCUUCUACCAUCUCUCUCCUUCCACCAUCUCUCCCUUCCACCAUCUCUCUCCUACCACCAUCUCCCCCCUCCUUCCUUGUCCCUCUCCCAUCCUCCAGGUCUGCGUUCUUCAUCUUCUGCGCUGACCUCCGACCCCAGGUGAAGGGGGAGACCCCGGGCCUGUCUAUCGGUGAUGUGGCCAAGAAGCUGGGAGAGAAGUGGAACAACCUAACGGCGGAGGACAAGGUGCCCUAUGAGAAGAAGGCUGCCAAGCUGAAGGAGAAGUACGAGAAGGUAAAACAAAUAAACGUCAACCCUUUUGUUCCUUUAUGAAUUUGGAGGAGCUGUAACACAGUGCAGUCAGACGGGGGGGGCGACGGGUGUAUUCAGAGGGCUGAGUCUAAUUUGGACUUUCUUGUAGUUCAUGUCAAUAGUGUGACAAUUGAAGUUAGACUUGUGGAUUUCAACAUGGGACCAACAGUAAAUUCUACAGUUUGGUUAGAAAUACCUUACAUGUUAACAGUCAAAAUAUCUAUUACUAAAACCAGGGGUGUAAUUGUUUUACAACGUAAACUAGCGUUUCUAUUGGACAGAUUCAGGUAGGUCCCUCCGUUUGCUGAUCCUGUCCAAUAGAAAUGCUAGUUUUCGUUCUAAAAUAGAAAAUGUUGCAACUGUUUGGAGUAAUGAUUACACCCCAGUCAUCUGAAACACUAGCCAAGUGUCAUUCAGAGCAACAGUUCAACAAAAAUCUCUCCUCCGCUUCCUUGUUCUCAGGACAUCACUGCGUACCGCAACAAGGGUAAGGUGCCCGUCAGCAUGCCAGCGAAGGCCGCCGCACCCGCCAAGGACGACGAAGACAGUGAUGAUGAUGAUGAGGAUGAUGAAGAUGAUGAUGAUGAUGAUGAGGAUGAUGACGAGUAG